ACAAACCUUGUUACUACUCCCAAAUCAUUUAGCAAUUUUCCGACGAGGAUAUGCUUCACUGUUGUUGGUCGAGUUCAAGGCGUUUCAUUUCCCAGACUCCAUUUUCAAUUUCUACUAGACUCUGUUUCCCAUCAAUUUUCACCCAUUUUCACUGUCACUCUUCAGCCAAUCAUUCCAAUAAAACCCAAAAUGAGCUUCUUGACUUCUUGGACCAUUUACUUCAACAAUGCGGCCUUAAUCUUCAACAACUGAAGCAAAUUCAUGAAAAGAUCAUAGUCACUGGAUCAUCAAAUUCUUCUUUUAUAGCUGCCAGACUCAUAUCCGUUUACUCUAAAUUUGGGCUUGUCAAUGAAGCUCAAAAAGUAUUUGAAACCUGCCCAACUGAUUGCUUCACGAAUUUGCUGUUGUGGAAUUCGAUCUUGAGGGCUAAUGUAUCUCAUGGAAAAUGUGAAGAAGCUGUAAAGCUUUAUGUUAAGAUGCGUGAAUAUGGUAAUUUGGCUGAUAGAUUUGGUUUUCCGUUGAUUAUUCGGGCAUGUGGUAUGUUCGGCGAUCAUAAUCUCUGCAGUGUAGUGCAUAGUCACGCUAUACAAAUGGGUUUUAGAGAUCAUCUUUAUGUUGGAAAUGAAUUGAUGAACAUGUAUGGGAAGAUUGGGCGUAUGGAUAUUGCAAGUCAAAUGUUUGAUAGAAUGUCUGUGAGAACUCAAGUAUCAUGGAACAUUAUAGUUUCAGGUUUUGCGCAGAACUUUGACAGUGAUGCUGCUUACAAGACGUUUCUGCUGAUGGAACCUCAGGGGUUUGAACCAAAUUCUGUCACUUGGACAUCAUUGUUAUCUAGUUUUGCUAGGUGUAGACGUUAUCAGGAUACGUGGAAACUUUAUGUUUUGAUGAGAAAGAAACAAGUUGAAGCUACUGCUGAGGCUAUUGCUGUAGUAAUAUCAGUUUGCGUUGGUGACAAUGGGAUUGAUAAGUGUGAGACGGUGCAUGGAUACGUUAUCAAGGGGGGCUUUGAAAAUAAUUCUAUUGUGAUAAACUCAUUAAUGUGUACGUAUGGGAAAUGUGGUGCUGUUAGACAGGCUGAAUGUCUGUUUUCCGGAUUGCAAUUAAAAACUAUAGUGAGCUGGAAUUCUUUAAUAUCUUGUUAUGCAGAAUCAGGUUUAUGUAACGAGGCCUAUUCGUUAUUUUUGCAGUUACAAGAGUUAGAUGAUCCAAAGAUGAAACCUAAUGUCAUAAGUUGGAGUGCUGUUAUAGGGGCAUUUGCUAUGGCAGAGAGGCAUGAGGAGUCCUUAGAAAUCUUUCGAAGUAUGCAAGUUGCUAGAGUACUGGCCAAUGAUGUUACGAUUUCAAGUGUUUUAUCAGUUUGUGCUGAGCUUUCAAACUUCUAUCUUGGUAUGGAAAUCCAUGGUUAUUCAAUAAGAUAUCUAAUGGAUAAAAGUACUUUGGUGGGAAAUGGGUUAGUUAAUAUGUACAUGAAGUGCGGUAGUUUGUGGAAAGGAAACAUAGUAUUUGAGGGAGUUGGAAAAAAAGAUUUGAUUUCAUGGAAUACAAUGAUUUCUGGAUUUGGAAUGCAUGGACUUGGUGCUACUGCCCUAGAAACAUUUGAACAGAUGACUAGCACAGGAACUAAGCCAGAUGGAAUUACUUUUGUUGCAGUUCUUUCUGCAUGUAGUCAUGCAGGCCUUGUUGAUGAGGGGUAUACAGUUUUUGAUCAGAUGAAGAAAGUGUUUGGAGUCGAACCACAAAUGGAGCACUAUGCUUGUAUGGUAGAUCUUCUUGGUCGUGCUGGUCUAUUGCAGCGGGCUAGUGAAAUGGUGCAAAUCAUGCCAAUGAGGCCCAAUGCUUGUGUCUGGGGAGCACUACUCAACUCUUGUAAAAUGCAUAAAAACACAGAAGUCGCAGAAGAAACCGCUGCUCAGAUUUUCAACCUUGAGUCUGGGAUGACGGGAAGCUACAUGUUGCUCUGUAAUUUAUAUGCUGUAAAUGGAAGGUGGAAGGAUUCAGCAAAUGUGAGGAUAUCAGCGAAGACACAGGGUUUGAAAAAAGCUCCAGGACAAAGUUGGAUUGAGGUGAAAAAGAAGGUUUACAUGUUCUUAGCAGGACAACCUAUGGAUUCAGAGAUGGAAGAUGUUCAUAUAAUGCUUAAUAUUCUAAGCCAUCAUAUGGCUAAAGAAGGAUGCACACCUCGAAAGAGCUUUGCUUUACAAUGUGCAGAAGAACAAGAAGAUUAUCUGUAUUAAGCAUCAUGAAGAAUUCUGUGUCUAUUCUCGAUGCAGGAAAACUACAAUCUAAUCUUUAAACCCACCCAAAGCCAUUGUUCGAUAACCAAAG